GCAAAGCUUUGAUACAAACAUUGCGUAAUGUAUUGAAAGAUAUUAGGCGUCAGUAUAUAUGUUGACAAUAAUAACAGUAAUAAUAAACACAUCUCUUUGGACCCAAUUUGGUGAUCAUAUCAAGCAAUUGUCGUUAUUAUCAUCAGUGAUGGACGACAACAGGUUUGCUAUUCAAUUGAUUUCACACAAUAUGAGACGCGAAGAAAUGAUGGCUCAAGUGAUCAUCAGUUUAGACCAGUUGUCGACGAUUACGGACCACAUCUUCAAACGAAUCGAUGAGAAGAUUGAGUCAAUGAAUGAGAAGCUAUUGGACAUCAAUCAGAGGAGACAAAAUUGUGUCAAUAAGAUUCAACAGAUCAAGCAGUUGGCCAACAAAGCCACUAAAAUAUACGCCAAUUAUAAGUAUCCGAUGGAAGAGCUAUCUUCAGUUAAUGACAUUUACCGACCAAUUAGUGGUCAAUUCGUAGACACUAAUCUGAUUAAUAGUUUUUAUGAAGAUAUCAAAAUCAGUGCAAAACAUAUACCAUUUGACGAACAGUUGAUCAAAGAGAAGACACAGUUCUUCUCGAUUCCCAAAACGUAUCACAAAUCCAUUGAUGACUUUGACUCAUAUGAUCUCAAUUUAACUGAACCUUUGGGUCCAAUUCCAUGGCAUAGAAUCACUUCUUUGUCAUCACUUUUAGUCUUUAAUACGGCUGACAACCCAUAUCUCAGAAGAUCUCAAGGCUCGUCAUUAUAUGACCAGAAGAUACGGUCGAAGCGACCACAAGAUGCAAAUGUCCAAAAUAAUGAUAUAUUUGAAGCGCCAGACUCUAUACUACACAGCGAACAAACAGAAAUACAGGAUCCACUUCUUUAUUUGCCAAAAGUUCAAUCAGCGCCACAAAUAAUGGAUGACUUACCGGCAGCUUUGCCAGCACUUGCAGGCAUUGCUGAUGACAUUAUUUUCACACAAAUGGAUGAAGAUUUUAUGAGUUCAACAAUUCCUAAUUUGAAAUCAAUUAAUCAAAUUAAACCACAAUUGCCUGAGAUUACAAAUAUUGAUGAACCAAACAUAAAGACUGUAUCGCAGAACAUUGUCAAUGUUACACAACCCAAGACAAUAAUUAGUCAAACCAUAGCUCAGUCUACAACUACAAUACCAACUGCAGUACCUCCACCUCCACCUUUUGUACCACCUCCUCCUCCGCCACCACCUACUCUUCCUUCAAUAACCAAAGGUGUAUCAACAACAAGUGUACAAAUGUCUAAUGAUAAUUCAAGAUCUAAUCUAUUGGCGUCAAUCAGAGAAGCAGCCGGAAAGCCUAAAAAGAAUGUAAUGGAGCGCAAAAAGGAGGCAAAAAAGGCCAAACAAAAAGAAGUGGUUAGUGGAGACCUAAUGACAGAUCUGUUCAAUAAACUCGCGAUGAGACGUAAAGGUAUCAGUGGUACUAAUGUUGCAAAAGAAUCCAAUUCAGUUCUCAUGCCAUCCGGAUUAUCGGCUGAUCCCAACUCCGCUAUGCAACGCAUAUCAUCUAUGAUUCCACCGCCGCCACCACCAAUACCAUCAGUCAGUCAAGAAGAUAAUGAAGAUGAUUGGGACUAACAUUUAAACAUUACAUAGUUUUUAAUUAAAUUUCUCUAUAUUUUAAAACAAAUUUU